AGUGAGCCUCUGAGCCGGUCGCUCCCGCCCAUGAAGCAGAAGCGAAGGUCAGGUGAUUCCCGCUGGUCAGCUGAUCUGCCGUGGACAUCUUUACGAGUCACGACUGCGGAGAUUAAUUCAAACCGUCUUCUCUGUCAACAUCAGGCCUCCGUGGACCUUUAACAGCAGCGACCAUGGCGCUCAGCGAUGCCGACGUUCAGAAGCAGAUUAAACAUAUGAUGGCCUUCAUAGAGCAGGAGGCCAAUGAGAAGGCAGAGGAAAUUGAUGCAAAGGCGGAGGAGGAGUUUAACAUUGAGAAGGGCCGUCUGGUCCAGACCCAGAGGCUGAAGAUCAUGGAGUACUACGAGAAGAAAGAGAAGCAGAUUGAACAGCAGAAGAAAAUUCAAAUGUCAAACCUGAUGAACCAGGCCCGGCUGAAGGUGCUGAAGGCCCGUGAUGAUAUGAUCUCGGACAUGCUGAACGAGGCUCGCCAGCGGCUUGCUAACAUCGCUAAAGAUCCAGCCAGGUAUUCAUCCCUGAUGGACGGCUUGCUCCUGCAGGGAUUUUAUCAGCUGCUGGAGCCCAAAGUGACCAUCCGCUGUCGUAAACAGGACGUUCAGAUGGUGCAGGCAUCCAUCCAGAAGAGCAUCCCCAUUUAUAAGGCAGCCGUGAAGAGCAACCUAGAGGUCCGGAUUGACCAGGACAACUUCCUCUCUCCAGAUUUGUCCGGAGGUAUUGAGAUCUAUAACGGAAACGGGAAAAUUAAAGUUUCCAACACCCUGGAGAGCAGACUGGACCUUAUGGCUCAGCAGAUGAUGCCUGAAAUCCGAGUGGCUCUCUUCGGCGCCAACCCGAACCGCAAGUUUUUGGACUGAGGUCUUUCGCUGUGUUUGAGAAGAAAUGCUCCUUUUUAUUUUUUACAUGUCAUACGGAAGAUAUCAUUCCUUUUGUCUGUGAAACCAAAUUCCCGAUGCACAAAAGACGUGUUGUUUGUGUGACGUAUUGCUGUUUAUCUCCCGCUGGGGGGGGGCGCUCUGCUCAGCUGUAGGGACGGGCUAAAGCUCAGUGGUCUCGGGGUGAUUGGUCGGUUUUUAACAGGUUGUCCUCUAAUUGGUUCAGUCUUCAUGACAAAAACAGCUUCUGUGUCACGGUCUCUCCUCAUCUCAUAAACCUCCUCAGCACAUUAAAAGCUGCAUGAGUCAUUGUGUAGCUAAUGGGUGUCUGCUCCAACCAAUCACAGACAAAUAAAUGGUAUCCUGGAAACAAAACCAAACACCGUACACGACCUUACCGAGUUAAUUUAUUGUUGUUACACCAAGUGUACGCUCUUCUGCGUCUGACUCCAGAAGGCGCAUUGUUUGUAUAUGAGGUUUCCAGAUUCAAUUGUUUUUUUUUUUUGUUGUUUGUGUGUGUGAUUGUGUCCAACUUGAACAUGUUAAACCGGGUAAAUGUAAAAAAAAAAAAACAACAUAAAGAUAUCUGAAUGAUUA